AUGCCCGGGGAGGCUGCCCGUGCCGAGCCGCUGCUGCCGGAGGCGGGCAGGCCCGGGCCCCGCACAGAGUCGUCCUGUGAUGUGGCCGCAGCCACCACCCCGAGAGGGGACCGGCUGGAGCACUGUGCCCUGACCCCCGGACCCAGCGCCCUGGCCCUGGAGUUUCUGCCCAGCAAGCCGGGCGCCCGGCCCCCGCCGGAGGGAGCCAGCUGGGAUGCAGGGCCGGGCGGCACCCCCUCGGCGUGGGCGGUGCCCGCAGAAGGCAGCCCCAGCCCGGGGUCCCCCGAGGCCCAGCCCGCCGGGGGUCCUCCCCCAGCCACCCUGGAGCCCCGGAUCGUGAUGGGUGAGGAGACCCGCCGGGCGCCCCCGCCAUCCAGGGCAGCCCUGCCAGAGCUCAGGGACCGGGAGGGUGGGCACCCCAGCCUGGACCCACCCCCCGAGGUGUGUUCUCAGGGUGACCCUCCUGUGCCUUGCCCUGCCCCAGACCCUGACCCCUACUUCACACCGCCCUCCACCCCCACCGAGAGCGCCUGUGGCCUGCUCCCUGGCCCCGGGCCCCGCAGGGAGGCCCGGGACGCCCCGGCUGAGCCAGGGGACUCGCCGCCCGCCUCACCCUCGGGCUCCUACAUCACGGCAGAUGGGGACAGCUGGGCCUCGUCCCCCUCCUGUUCCCUGAGCCUGCUGGCCCCGGCCGAAGGGCUGGACGUCCCCCCAGGCUGGGGCUUCUCCCCAGCGGGCUCGGUGGCUGACGAGGAGUUGUCUCCCACGGGGCCCGCCGGCCCCCCGACCCCGGAGUCCAGCGUCUCGGCCGACAGUAGCUCGUCCUGGGGCCAGGAGGGCCACUUCUCCGAGCUGGACUUCCUGGCCAACGACCCCAUGAUCCCCGCCGCCCUCCUGCCCUUCCGAGGCAGCCUCAUCGUCCAGGUGGAGGCCGUGGAGGUGACGCCGAGGGCCCCCGAGGACGAGCAGGAGGAGGGGGCCCCUGUCCCCGGAGGGGACCCAGCCGGGGAGGGCGAGGACGACAGCACGUUUGCGUCCUCCCUGCAGUCCCUGUCUGACCUCUCCAUCACCGAGGGCAUGGACGAGGCCUUCGCCUUCCGGGACGACACCUCGGCAGCCUCCUCCGACCCCGACUCGGCCUCCUACGCGGGGGCAGACGAUGAGAGGCUGUACAGUGAGGAGCCCCACGCGCGGCCCGCUGCCCUGCGCCAGCACAGCCCUGGCGAGCCCGCUCCCGCCGCCCCCGAGCAGGGGGCCUGCCGAGCCACCGAGCGCCAGGAGCCGGGCGCCCAGGUCCCCGGGCCAGGCCAGGCCUCCGCCGCCGCCGCCGCCGCCACAUCCCCUCACACCCCGCGGGAAGCCCCAGGCCUCUCCGGGGGGAGCCCCCAGGCCUGGAGGGAGGAGGCAGGCUCCCUCUGGGGUCCAGCACCUGCUGCCCCGGGCAGAGCUCAGCCCUUAUGGGAGGAUGACAGCGCGGCCUUAGGCCCGGGCCCUUGGACCGCCCCGGAAGAGGGAGCCUUCACGCCAAGCCCAGAUUCUCUGCAGAAGCUGGAGAAAGAAGCAGGCCAGGACCCUGACUCUGUGGCCACACCCCUGCCCCUGCAGGACGCGGGCCUCCCCUCAGGCCAGGCGCCCGCUUCUCUGGUCAGCCCUGUGCCCCAGCCGGGAGAAACAGACAGGACCUUACCCCAGGACUCUGACUCUGGGGCCACACCUCUGUCCCUGCAGGACGUGGGCCUCCCCUCAGACCAGGGGACCCCCACUGGGGCCAGGCUUGAGAUCCUGCAGAAGGGUGCAGGCUGCAUGCCAGGAAUCGAACCUGUGGUCACUGCAGCCCAGCACGAAGGACAAGUGACCUUGGAACUGAGGCCAGCACCUGAGGAGAGGGACACAAGCUGCACUGGAGGCCCGGAGCCUCCAGCCUGGGAACAGGCCCAGCUGGAUGGCCUGGAGCCAGCUGCAGAUGCUGGGACACCCUGGGCCUCAUGGGGAACUGCAGGCGCCUCCAAGCCUCACAUGGAGGCCCUAGAUUCCCCCAAGCCUGCCACAGAGGCUGUGGAACGCCCUGGACCUGACACAGAGGCCACAAAUUGCCCCAAGCCUGUCACGGAAGCCCCAGAACACCCAGAACCUGCCACAGAGGCUGUAGAAUGCCUGGAGUCUGCCACGGAGGUCCUGGAAUACCCUGAGCCUGCCACAGAGGCCCCGGAACAUUCUGAGCCUGCCACGGAGGCCCUGGAAUGCCCAGAGCCUGCCACAGAAGCCCCGGAACAUUCUGAGCCUGCCACGGAGGCCCUGGAAUGCCCAGAGCGUGCCACAGAGGCCCCGGAACAUUGUGAGCCUGCCACAGAGGCCUCAGAAUGCCCAGAGCCUGCCACGGAGGCCCCGGAACAUUCUGAGCCUGCCACAGAGGCCCCGGAAUGCCCAGAGCUUGCCACAGAGGCCCCAGAACAUUCUGAGCCUGCCACGGAGGCCCCAGAACGCCCAGAGCCUGCCACGGAGGCCCUGGAACGCCCAGAGCCUGCCACAGAGGCCCCGGAACAUUCUGAGCCUGCCACGGAGGCCCUGGAACGCCCAGAGCCUGCCACGGAGGCCCCGGAACACCCAGAGCUUGCCACAGAGGCCCCGGAACAUUCUGAGCCUGCCACAGAAGCCCCAGAAUGCCCAGAGCCUGCCACGGAGGCCCCAGAAUGCCCAGAGCCUGCCAUGGAGGCCCCGGAACAUUCUGAGCCUGCCACAGAGGCCCCAGAAUGCCCAGAGCCUGCCACAGAGGCCCCAGAACAUUGUGAGCCUGCCAUGGAGGCCCUGGAAUGCCCAGAGCCUGCCACAGAGACCCCCGAACAUUGUGAGCCUUCCAGGGAGGCCCUGGAAUGCCCAGAGUCUACCACGGAGGCCCCGGAACAUUCUGAACCUGCCACAGAGGCCUCGGAAUGCCCAGAGCCUGCCACGGGGACCCCGAAACGCCCAGAGCCUGCCACAGGGGUCCCAGAAUGCCCAGAGCCUACCACGAAGGCCCCGGAAUGCCCAGAGCCUGCCACAGAGGCCCCAGAACACCCAGAGCCUGUCACAGAGACCCCAGAACAUUCUGAGCCUGUCACGGAGGCCCCGGAAUGCCCAGAGCCUGCCACGGAGGCCCCAGAACGCCCAGAGCCUGCCACGGAGGCCCCAGAACGCCCAGAGCCUGCCACGGAGGCCCCAGAGUAUUCUAAGCCUGCCACAGAGGCCCCGGAAUGCCCAGAGCCUGCCACAGAAGCCCCGGAAUGCCCAGAGCCUGCCGCAGAGGCCCCAGAACACCCAGAGCCUGCCACAGAGACCCCAGAAUACUCUGAGCCUGCCACGGAGGCCCCAGAACGCCCAGAGCCUGCCACAGAGGCCCCGGAGUAUUCUAAGCCUGCCACAGAGGUCCCGGAAUGCCCAGAGUCUGCUGCAGAGACUCCAGAACACCCAGAGCCUGCCACAGAGACCCCAGAAUACUCUGAGCCUGCCACGGAGGCCCCAGAACACCCAGAGCCUGCCACAGAGGCCCCAGAAUGCCCAGAGCCUGCCGCAGAGGCCCCAGAAUGCCCAGAGCCUGCCACAGAGACCCCAGAAUAUUCUGAGCCUGCCACGGAGGCCCCAGAAUGCCCAGAGCCUGCCACGGGGGCCCCAGAACGCCCAGAGCCUGCCACGGGGGCCCCAGAACGCCCAGAGCCUGCCACGGGGGCCCCAGAACACCAGGAGCCUGCCACAGGGGCCGCGGAAUGCCCAGAGCCUGCCACAGGGACUGCAGAACACCCAGAGCCUGCCACAGAGGCCCCAGAAUGCCCAGAGCCUGCCACGGGGGCCUCAGAACAUUCUGAGCCCACCACAGAGGCCUCAGAAUGCCCAGAGCCUGCCACGGAGGGCCCGAAAUGCCCCAAGUCUGCCACAAAAGCUCCAGAAUGCCCAGAGCCUGCCACAGGGCCCCCUAGGCCUGCCAUGGAGGCCACAGACCCACCCAAGCCUGCCUCCAUUGGAGAGGAAGUAGCUGAGGGCCUGUUGGCACCUGAGCAGGGAACCGGUCCCAGUGCCUGUGUGCGUGCUAGUGAUGGAGCCGAGCCCCACUUGCCCCUGGUGGAGGCCCCAGGGGGUGAGAAUCAAGGGGCUGGGGGCCUCGAGUCAGCACCCCAGGGUGCUAGGAAGGCUCCUGGGGAUAGUGGCCCAGAGGUACAUCCUGCUGCUCGCCCCGAGGUUGGCCCUACAUGGCCCCAGAGCCCAGCGGAGGAGGGAAGAGCCAACCCUGAGCCCAGGUCUCCUGUUGCUGUGGCCUCAGAAGCUGCGCUGGGCUCCUGCUCCGAGUUUCCACCGAGGUUCGUGCCCAGGCCUGGCAGGGGCUGCCCCAAAGAGCCUGCCCCCACCUCUCCAGCACCCUCUCGGCAGCCGGAGCCCGUGCUGGGCCCAGGCAGUGGAGAGUGGGCACAAGUAGCACCCAGAAGCCCCAGCUCGUCCCCAGCACAAGCCCCCAAAAGCCCUGCCAGGGGCCUGCCCAGUGUGCCCCAAGACAGGCUCCUCGUCCCAGAGCCCCCCGCUCCUGGGGUCCCCACAGAGGCAGCCCCAUGCCCCAUGGCACCCCUCGCCCCCUGCCCUUGCCAGGGCCCCAGGGAAGACUCGGAGGAGGGCAAGGAGCCCCCGGGCUCUCCGGGCCUCCAGCCGCCACAGGCAGGAGCCCAGCGGGCGGUGGCUGCCUUCUCAGGAACCACGAAACCUCCUGGGGCCGGGCAUCGGGUCGGCCUCCCACCCCACUCCCCGAUCCUCAGCCCCAAGACGGCCCCCACGGGGGACACCCAUGCCAAAGACCAGGCCUGGCGGAUCUCGCCCCCCUGCCAAGUGCCUCCUGGCCCUCGAGGGCUCCCGGCCGCCGAGCAGCAAGAUGACCAGGACAGCCUGGAGGAAGACUCGCCGCCGAGGGCUCCGGGAUCCGGCCAGCACUCGGACAGCCACGGCGAGUCGUCUGCAGAGCUGGAGGAGCAGGACCUCUCAGGAGCGCAGACGGCACAGUGCCCGGCCCAGGUGCCUGGUGGCGGCAGCGAGGAGACCGUGGCCAAAGCCAAGCAGAGUCGUAGUGAGAAGAAAGCCCGAAAGGCUAUGUCCAAGCUGGGCCUGCGGCAAAUCCAGGGGGUCACCCGGAUCACUAUCCAGAAGUCCAAGAACAUCCUGUUUGUCAUCGCCAAGCCUGACGUCUUCAAGAGCCCAGCCUCGGACACCUACGUGGUCUUCGGCGAGGCCAAGAUCGAGGACCUGUCCCAGCAAGUGCACAGAGCUGCUGCUGAGAAGUUCAAAGUGCCCGCGGAGCCUUCCGCCCUGGUCCCCGAGUCCGCACCCGGGCCGCUGGUGAGGCCCGAAUGUGAGGAGGAGGAGGAGGAGGAAGAGGAGGAGGAGGUGGAUGAGGCAGGGCUGGAGCUCCGUGACAUUGAGCUGGUGAUGGCGCAGGCCAACGUGUCGCGGGCCAGGGCGGUGCGGGCCCUGAGGGACAACCAGAGCGACAUCGUCAACGCCAUCAUGGUGAGUGGCCGGCCCCUUGUGGGCCCCCUGCUGCUGGCCCUGCCGCGCCCCUCCCCAGCCCGCCCUCUCUCUCUGCCGUUUCCUGCAGGAGCUCACCAUGUAGCCGCUGACCGCCAUCUGACCGCACAGCUCCGUCCCUGCCCCCGGCUCUGCUGCUCAAUAAAUGGGUGUCUCCUCAUGGCCUCUGCUCUGGCUCCUACCUACCCGGGCGCGCGCUCCAGCCGAAUGGGGUUUGUGAAUGGGUGGAGACGCUUCCUGGGUCCGUGCAGAGCCCCAGGAGGGGGGGUCCUCCCUUCCAUGUCCCAGACGGCGGGGAUCUGUUCCCCAUGUUCUCAAAGGCUGGUGGUCCUACCCGCUCCUGCCCCAGAGCUGGUGGCGUUCCCAUGGCCCUAGAGGGUGGGUGAUCUCUCCGUGUCCCAGAGGGUGGGAGUCGUCUCCGUCGCUAGAGGGUGGGGGUCUGUCCCCACUUGUCCCCAGAGGGUGGGAUCCGUCCUGUGACUCUAGCAGGUGGGGGUCCACCUUCCCCCCCCCCCGCCGUGGCCCCAGUACCCAGCCUGCCCAGACGGUAGGCAGUCACCUGGCUGUGGCCCAAGGCGUGGGCCUGGGGACUGGUUUUGGGAAGGAACUCCCCAGACUCGGGGGCUCUGGAGGUUUAGCCAUUGAAAAGGUGUUUGCUGGGGGGUGGGGGCAGCGACUGGCCCCCGAAGUUCCUGGCCCCUCCUGGCGCCCAGCUCUGGAGGGACCGCCCAUCCCCUCCAUGUUCCCUCUUCUCCAAAGCCCAGGGACCCGCGGAGGGGGGCUGCGUGUGAGAGGGGCCCCUGGAGAGGAGGGAGCGGCUCCUGCCGUCCACACAGGACACUUAGACCCGGUUCCACAGUGCGGCCACCCCACCCCCGACCGCUCGCUGGGGCCACUCACACCCAGGGUGGGCUGGCCCUGCCUGGAUGACUUUAGCUGUUCCAGAUGCUGCCACAGCAGGUUGAUCUGUGCUCCUGUUUGGAGACCCACCCCAUAUCCCCUUAGCUCCGCGGCCCUGGGCCGACCACCAGCUCCCGGACGGCGCAGGCCGGAACCAAGUCUG